GCAUCGCGAAGGAGUACACUCGAUACGAUGCCGAAAUAUUAUUGUGAUUAUUGCGAUACGUACCUCACCCAUGACUCCCCAAGUGUCCGGAAAACGCAUUGCACCGGUCGAAAACAUAAGGACAAUGUGAAAUUCUACUACCAGAAGUGGAUGGAAGAGCAGGCACAACACCUGAUCGAUGCGACGACGGCGGCGUACAAGGCAGGAAAGAUUGCCCAGAACCCGUUCACCGCUGGGCCACCGAAGCCAAACAUUUCCAUUCCGCCACCGACAAUGAAUAUGCCUCCUAGACCCGGUAUCAUUCCCGGUAUGCCGACCGGUGCACCGCCGCUGCUGAUGGGACCGAACGGGCCGCUGCCACCGCCGAUGAUGGGAAUGCGUCCACCUCCGAUGAUGGUGCCAACCAUGGGUAUGCCACCUAUGGGCUUGGGAAUGCGUCCCCCAGUAAUGAACGCAGCACCACCGCAGUUGGGCAAGAGCUAGAACUAAGCGGAAUCCUCACUCACUUUUUGCUGAGUAAGCUUAAAUAACAAUGUAACACAAUUAUUGAAAUAUACCUAACUUCUUUAGUGUAA